AUGUCGCGACCCGAACCCGGGUCGCUUUGGCGCCAACACGUCCGAGCGUUCGACGCCGUUCGCAGGGAGAUGCGAGAGGCGCGAGGGAUCGCGGACGUCCCCUGGAGCUCGCUCAAGCGCUUGCUCGGUGUCUCGUGCGUGAGCGCGAUUUACACGUCGUGGAUCCUCUCCCCGGUGAUGAGCGCGCUCGCGGUGUGGCGGUACGAGUGGUUGAGAGCGUACGUCGCGUGCUAUCUCUUCGCGUCCUACGCGCUCGGCGUGGCGAUGCCGAUGAACGCGCUGCAUCGGUUCUUCUGUUGGCUCGAGACGGGAGAGGAAAACGGGUGGCAGCUCGUCGUCGAGGACGACUGCGAUGUGGACUGCUCGAAGAGGGCGUACUUGUUCACGGCGCAUCCGCACGGGUUGUUCGCGUCGGGAUGCGUCGGGAACGUCGUUUUGAGCGGACGCGCGCUCAAGAGGUUCCGGGCGAGACGGAUUUGGUUCUUCAUCAACGAGCUGUUAAUCCGAGUGUUUCCGAUCAUCAAGGACGUGUUGUCGAUGCUGGGAUUCGUGCCGUGCACGGCGAAAAUGAUGAAGAAGGUGUUGGGAAGGGGCGAGACCGGAUUGAUCGUCGUCGGUGGGGUUCAGGAGGUUGUGUUGACUGGUAACGUCGACGAAGAGGAACUUUAUCUAAAAAAUUGUUUCGGCUUUGUCAAAGUGGCCAUGCAGGCCGGGACGCCGCUCGUGCCCGUAUACACAUUCGGCGAAUCGCUAGCCACCGGCCCGGACUGGGUACCGUUCAGAGAGCUGCGUAAACGGCUGAGCUACAAGUUUGUGUUCCCGUUUCGCUCGCUUGGCAUAAUCCAUCGCUGGGGGCUCUGCUUUCCCAAGGCAAAGCUCACGACCGUGGUAGGCGCGCCGAUUGAGGUGAAACAAAACCCAAAUCCCACGCGCGAGGAAGUUGCGGCGGUGCAUCAGCAGUAUUGCGACGCACUGCUGGCGAUGAUUGAGCGAAACAAGGCCCGCGCGGGGUAUCCGACGCAACGCACAAAGUUGGUGUAA